AGGCAUCAGAAAGCUCCUCCCAAGACUCCUUAGUUGAAUGGCUUAGCUGAGAGGAUGAAUAGAACUUUGAUGGAGAGAGUUAGAUGUUUGCUUGUUAAGGCUAAAUUGCCUAGAACUUUUUGGCCAAAAGCUUUUAAUACAGUGGCACAUGUUAUCAAUUUGUCUCCUACUAUUGCUUUGGAUAAUGAUGUUCCUGAUAGAGUUUGCUAUGGCAAGGAUGUUUCUUAUGAUCACUUGUGGGUCUUUGGAUGUAAAGCAUUUGUGCAUGUCGCCAAGGAUGAGAGAACAAAGUUAAAUGCUAAAACCAAGCAGUGUAUCUUCAUUGGUUAUGGUCAAGAUGAAUUUGGUUAUCGGUUGUAUAAUCUAGUUGAAAAGAAACUAGUUAGAAGUCAUGAUGUAGUAUUCUUUGAGGACCAAACUAUUGAAGAUAUUGAUAAGGUUGAGAAGACAAGUCUUCAAAGCAAUGAGAGUUUGAUUGAUUCUAGGCCAACUAUUGAGACUAUGGCACCAAAUGCAGUUGAAAAUCAUCUUCAAAAUGAUGAAAUCCAAGAUAACAUCCAUGAUGGUGAUCAAGUUCAAAAUGAUCAUGUAGAUGCAAAUGAUCUUGAUGCUUCUUUAAAUGAGGCAGUGAAUGAUCAGUAGGAUGCUCCUAUAGAGGUCCUAAUUGUUGUACCUGUGAUUUUGAUUAUUACAAAACACAUUUGAGUGACUAAUUGAUUUAUUUAAGUAUGUAGUUAAGUUGCUAAAAGAUUACAAGUAAACUUGGAUUGCGCUA